AUGUCUGAACUUCCAACAGACCUCGAGGAUACCUACUCCAAAACGUUUAAACCCAAUAGGAAAAAUGCAUUUGAGUUCUCCUCAGUUGCAGAUUUCAUAACAAAGUACAAGAAAAUAGUUUUAUUUAUAGUAACUUUUGUUUGCUUGUCAUUAUUUACCAACGUACCGUAUAUUCCCCAUUUCAAGCAAGCACCCCCCAAGGUUGUAAUUAUUUUAGCUGCCAAUGAAGGUGGAGGAGUAUUGAAAUGGAAGUCACCACAAGAGUGGUCAGUUGAGAGAUCUUCUAUUGCCAACAAAAAGAACUAUGCCAAAGUGCACGGGUAUGGCUUGACAAUUAAAGAUAUGACUAUCAAAAAGAGAUAUUCUCAUGAGUGGAGGGAAAGCUGGGAAAAAGUUGAUAUCUUGAAGCAAACUAUGAGACAGUUUCCUGAUACCGAAUGGUUUUGGUGGUUGGAUUUGCACACGUACAUCAUGGAACCACAGAUUUCCUUGGAAAAACAUUUUCUUAACAAUUUGAAUAAUGCCACUUAUAGAACCUUGGACACAUUUAAUCCAUUGAACUUGCCAACAGACCUCCCCUACGUGGACUAUAACCAGCCUAUCGAUAUGAUUAUUACCCAAGAUUGUGGUGGGUUCAAUUUGGGUUCAUUUUUGAUUCGAAGAUCAGAGUGGUCCGAGAUGCUCUUGGAUAUAUGGUGGGACCCAGCCAUGUACGAACAGAUGCACAUGCAAUGGGAGCACAAAGAACAGGACGCUCUAGAAACUUUGUAUUCAACACAAGCCUGGAUAAGAGAGAGAAUAGCAUUUCUACCAUUACGACAAAUCAAUGCGUUCCCACCAGGUGCUUGUUCAGAUCAAGCUGACGAUCCACAAUAUUUUUUCCAAAACCAUGACUUUGUGGUGAAUAUGGCAGGGUGUGAAUGGGGUAGAGAUUGCUGGGGUGAAAUGGAGCAUUAUAAGGCAUUGUCAAAGAAACUUCACAAGAGAUGGUGGAAGUUCUGGGAGUAG